AUUACAGAAAAAAGAAAGCACAGAAAAGCUGAAAAGAUUGAAGGAGAAGAAUGAAUAUUUGUGAUCCUCGUGGAUACCAACAACAUCCCCUCCACAUCAAUUUCUCCUCCUCCUCCUCCUCCUCUUCUUCCGCCGCCGUCAUUUCCUCCUUCUCCUCCUCCUCCUCCACCACACUCUGAAUGAAUGGGCAACUGCGGUACCAGAGAAGAAUCCGCCGUAGUCACCAAUGCUCAAGUUCAGCAGUUACAUCCUGCUGCCGGAGCUAGAAACCAAACCUCCGUCACCGGCGGUACUACUGAGAGAAAAAACUCUAGUCUCCGACAUCAUCUAACCGAUUCCGCUUCGGAUCUGAGCGAUUCUUGUUCAACACCUCGCUGGAACAACGCUAAUAAUAACAAUACUCUUCUUUAUACUCAUGUUAUAGCUUUCACGCUUUAUGAACUCGAAACUAUAACGAAGAGUUUUCGUACCGAUUAUAUUUUGGGUGAAGGAGGGUUUGGUACUGUUUAUAAAGGCUACAUUGAUGAAAAUGUUAGGGUUGGACUUAAAUCGCUUCCUGUUGCUGUUAAAGUUUUGAAUAAAGAAGGACUUCAAGGACAUCGAGAGUGGCUUGCGGAGGUGAAUUUUCUUGGACAGCUUAGGCAUCCUAAUCUUGUCAAGUUGAUUGGUUACUGCUGUGAAGAUGAUCAUAGGCUGCUUGUCUAUGAAUUCAUGUUUCGAGGAAGUCUCGAAAAUCAUCUAUUCCGAAAGGCAACUGUUCCUUUAUCAUGGGGUACAAGAAUGAUGAUUGCUCUUGGUGCUGCCAAAGGACUUGCCUUUCUCCACAAUGCAGAAAGGCCAGUAAUAUAUCGCGACUUCAAGACGUCUAAUAUAUUAUUGGACUCUGACUAUACAGCCAAGCUUUCUGAUUUUGGUUUAGCUAAAGCAGGGCCUCAAGGUGAUGAAACCCAUGUAUCCACCCGAGUUAUGGGUACAUAUGGUUAUGCUGCCCCUGAAUAUGUAAUGACAGGCCACCUAACAGCUAGGAGUGAUGUAUAUAGCUUUGGGGUUGUUCUUUUGGAGCUUUUAACGGGACGGAAGUCUGUUGACAAGACCAGACCUGGGAAGGAACAAAGCUUGGUAGAUUGGGCACGUCCAAAGCUCAAUGACAAAAGAAAGCUCCUACAAAUAAUCGAUCCUAGACUGGAGAAUCAGUAUUCAGUUAGGGCAGCACAGAAAGCAUGCAGCCUGGCUUACUACUGUUUAAGUCAAAAUCCGAAAGCGAGGCCACUGAUGAGUGAUGUAGUUGAGACACUGGAACCCUUACAAAGCUCUAGUGUUGGUGCAGAUGAAGUCUCAUUAUCAGGAUCAAAUAGUGGGAGUGGCGGUCCUUUUGCUAUGAAUAAAAUAUCCGACUACCGGAUGCGUCACAAGUUUUCAAACAACGUUGGUCCAGGUGCUACAUGUCGGUCUCCAAACCCAAAUUGCCCAAGAGGUGCUCCUGCAGCAUUGCGUGUCAGAUGAUAAUUUCAUACUAUAAAUCUCUAUCUGGUGUUCUACUUGUCAAGAAAUAGUAUUUGCUGUUAAAAAUGUUGGUUCACCCUUGUCGUUGUUGCUUUGUAAAUGAUAUAUUAUGGUGACAAGAAGGCCUGGUUGAUGAUUUUUGUUUCAAUGUUUGGUAUUCUGUUAAUUUUGAUGGGAAUUAUUGCUUGCCAAAA